GUUGCGUAGUUCUUCGUAUAGUCGCAUGAGAAGUGACAUUGUGGCGCUGUAAUCAAGAGUAUUUUUCGGACUAUCAAAGACGUUGAAUGUAAAAGAAUUUAAUACAGUUAAAGGUGUUUUACGUGUGUGAAUUAUUACUGAUGACACAGACUAUUAAAUCCAAACUCUUAUUUUAAAUUAACAUGUUUUAAUGUGAAUCUUGCAGACGUAAAUAGUAACGGUAAUAUUAUCGUUUUAACAGAAAUCUGACGUAUAAGUUUGGUGUCCGCUCGAGUGGAUAUACGACUGUUACAUCGUAAAGUUAUGAGUGCCCCGUUAUUUGCUUGUUCCCGAUGCUUUUCGCGACAUCCUUUCGAGGAGUUGUCAGCCGGACAACAGUUAUGUAAAGAAUGUCGCGGAGCUUUUCCAGUGGUAAAGUGUACAUAUUGCCGAUCCGAAUUUCAGCAAACUUCGAAGGGAAAUACCAGCACAAUAUGUAAAAAGUGUGAACAGAAUGUUAAAGCAUAUGGCAAACCCACAGCUUGUGAAUACUGUAACAUAAUUGCAGCGUUUAUAGGAAAUAAAUGUCAGAGAUGUACAAACUCAGAGAUUAAAUAUGGGCCGCCAGUUAAUUGUGAGCAGUGUAAGCAGAAAUGUGCAUUUGAUCGACACGAUGAUGAUAAGAAGGUUGAUGGGAAGUUAUUGUGCUGGUUGUGCACUUUGUCUUUCAAGAGAGCGUUGGCUAAAACUAAACAAGGCGAUGCUGAGCGUAGAGCCCAUAUGAAAAUUUCACAGUUGCACAAAUCAAAACACAAGGAAGGAAAGUUACGAAGUCACAACAAGCGACCACAUCGUGUUGAUGUGACUAAAAUUCCCGCCACGGAUAACGACAAUGGAAUUCCGAACAAGGUAUCUCGGAAUAACGCAAGUCCGGCUAUAAUUCGAGGUGAACUCGAUCCUAACAGUUCUGAUCAUGUAGUAGCGAUGACUCAGUUGAAAGAAAAAAUUGCAAGCUUACAAAAACAGCUUAGUAUGAAAGAUACCCAAUUAUUGAACAAAGAUAAAAUGAUAACAGAACUCAAGGCGAAACACUUUACAAUAGAGUCCGAACUAAGAGCAAAAAUGAAAAACUGCCAGAAAGAAUGUGACGAUAAAGUAGAAAUUUUAAAUAAGCGCAUCAGCAAUCUUUUAAAAGAGGUGGCAAGUUUAACAAAAAGCGCGAAGAAAAAUAAAUUUGCUGCUACUUCUGCUGCUGAAAACUCAAACAACAGUGGUAGUGGUACAGACAGUCCUAGCCUUCAAUAGUGAAUUUUGACGAGCAUUCAGAAUGAGUUUGCACCCUUUAAAAUUAUUUUUUUUAUUUACAUUAUUAAAUACUGUAAUGUGUCGAUUUUUAAUGUGAGAAUAAAGUACCAAAAAAAAAGGAAUUAACCUGUGAAUAAA